AUGGAUAAAGUGACGAUAGCGAGCGCGGUGAUUAUCCUGAUCCUGUUCUUUGGAGAGCUGUUCAACUACCGGGCUAUCCAUGUCGAAUCGUCGUUGGUGGUCGAUAGUGGCAGGAAGGAGAAGAUGAAUAUUGAUUUCGAUAUCAGCUUCCGCAAGAUCCCAUGCUACAUUUUGACGCUGGAUGUGAUGGAUGUUGCGGGAGAACAUCAAGCGGACGUGGCGCACUCGAUCUACAAGACUCAACUGGCUCCUGACGGCACCGAACUCAAGCACGAAAAGACCGAACACCUGGGAGAUACAGGGCCAGAUCCAAAGGUGGUUGGGGAGAACUACUGCGGUGAGUGCUACGGCGCCCAAAAGCCCGAAUCCGGUUGCUGCAACACCUGCGAAGACGUCCGAAAGGCGUACGAAACCUCCGGCUGGUCCUUCAACCACGCAGAAACCAUCGAACAAUGCACCCGAGAAGGAUACCUCGACAAGAUCAAAGAACAAGCCAACCAAGGAUGUCGCAUCCGCGGGAAAGUUACCGUCAACAAAGUCGCCGGUAACUUCCAUAUUGCUCCAGGGAGAUCCUUCCAGAGGGGUAGCGCGCAUGUCCAUGAUAUCCAACAGUAUUUGGAACAGGGGCUGGAUUUCUCGCAUCAGAUUGAACAUUUGAGUUUUGGGGAGAAGAUCCCGAAUGUUCAUAAUCCCUUGGAUGAUACGAAGGCGGAGAAUGCGGAGGGGUUGUUUAUGUUUCAGUAUUAUUUGAAGGUUGUGGGAACACGGUAUUAUUAUCUGGAUAAGAUGCCGGUUUUCACGAACCAGUUCUCGGUGACGCAGUAUAAUCGGAACUUGCAAUAUAAGAAUGCUUGGGGCCAGGUCCAGGCCCCCAAUGGUCUCCCAGGUGUGUUCUUCAACUUUGACAUCUCGCCGAUGCUGGUGAUCCAGAAGGAAGAACGCAGGUCGUUCGCCUCGUUCCUGACGGGAGUCUGUGCCAUCGUCGGCGGCAUCUUUACAGUCGCCGGGCUUUUGGACGGAGCCAUCUGGCGCGCUGAACGGACCCUCAAGAAGAAGAUGGAGCUCGGCAAAGCUUUUUGA